ACUCAGUUUAUCAGGUGAUGCGUAAAGGAAAGAAAGAAGUUUUCAUGUGUCAAGAAGCACUUUCAUUUACUCACUCACUCACACCACGUUCACACACGAUAAAGGAUGCCUUUGUUAGAUGCCUGUGCACACUCAUUCAAAGUAAAGGGAUUACCUGUGUAAUAGAGGGAAAUAUCUCUCGGAUGUCGUUUGGUCUGCAGUGACGCUGAAACAAUCAAUCAGACGGGCAGCUGUAGCAGUGACUCAGUAUCAUGGAGGCGAGCAGCAGGACUGCAGCAGCGACAAACGCCAGAGCUUCAACACCUCCGACAGACGCAAGCACUCAUGAUCCCAGUGAAGGGCCCCACCCAGAGGAGGAUGAGGGGGAGGAAGACAGGAGCUUGCAGCCAGCAGAGACUGCAGGCUGGGAGGACGCCAUUGCUGUUAUGGCACGAGGUGCGCCAACGGUCCCUGAACUGCCUGCCGAGUCUUCUCUACGCUCAUGUGUCAGUACGGCCAGCAUGAAGGUCAAGAACGUCAAAAAACUGUCCCUCACCAAACGCCAUUUUCCCAAGCUGGCAGAAUGUGCCCACUUUCAUUAUGAGAAUGUUGACUUUGGCUCCGUGCAGGUGAGGGUUUUGUGGUAAAUGCAGUCCUGCCGAAGCUCAUGAUCACUCAUGGUUGACGGGAAUGUGUUAAUUAGGCUCUUCUUGGCUGUGGUCUUGGUUUCACCGUUGGCAGAUUAUCCAUCAUGUUGAAAUUAGGCCUUUGGUUUAGGUUACACGCAGGUCAGGUUUUUUUUUUUUUUUGCUUUCACACAAGAUCUUCAGGCCAAUUGAGUGGAUAUGGAUGUCAAUGUUCAUCACCAUACAUUUAUACUGUUUAUACAAACUGUUACAUUUAUACACACUCUGCUUUUUCCCAAAUAAUAGCAUUAUCUAAUCUAUAUACAUUCACUGGCCACUUUAUUACUAUUUACUGUCAGGUACACCUGUCCAACUGCCUGUUAACGCACAUUUCUAA